UUGAUUUGUAGGGUUUGAACAUUUCUCAUCCUGCUUAGGAAAAAAAAACAGAGAAGAAAAUGAACGAAAACGCAGAGACCCUUAAGCGCGAAGCUGAUUCGGAACCUGUAGUUGCAUUGAAGAAGUCGAGGAUCGAAUCUUCAGAAGAGAAUGCUGCUGCAAAGGAAGUCACUUUCCACAUUGAAGCUGAUGCCGCUGAGGAUAAAGGGUCAAGGCAUACCAUGGAAGAUGCAUGGGUCGUGCUUCACGACGCAGCCCUAGAUUCCCCUGGAACUUUGAGAUGUGCACACUAUGCAAUUUAUGAUGGACAUGGAGGCCGCUUAGCUGCGGAGUAUGCGCAGAAGCAUUUGCAUGGGAAUGUUCUUUCAGCUGGAUUACCACGUGAGUUGUUGGAUGUAAAGACAGCUAAAAGAUCAAUACUUGAUGGUUUUCGUAAAACUGAUGAGUCUCUUCUUCAAGAAAGUGCUGAAGGGGGAUGGCAGGAUGGUGCCACAGCUGUAUGUCUUUGGGUACUGGGACAAAAAGUUUUUGUGGCAAAUGUUGGAGAUGCCAAAGCAGUUUUAGCUCGAUCGACUAUACCUGAUGGAUCUCAAGGUCACUCAGAUGGAGUCCAUGCCCUGAAAGCAAUUGUUUUAACAAGAGAACACAAACCUAUCUUCCCACAGGAGCGUGCACGAAUUCAGAAGGCCGGUGGUUUUGUGAGCUCAAAUGGAAGAUUACAAGGGCGUCUAGAAGUUUCUAGGGCUCUGGGAGAUCGUCAGUUUAAAAAGGUGGGUGUUAUUGCAACCCCAGAUAUCCAGUCCUUUGACCUUACUGAUAGAGAGCAUUUCAUCAUUCUUGGCUGUGAUGGCUUAUGGGGGGUAUUUGGUCCCAGUGAUGCUGUUGACUUUGUCCAGAAGUUAUUGAAUGAGGGACUACCUGUUACAACUGUGAGCCGGCGUCUUGUAAGGGAAGCUAUUCGCGAGCGCCAGUGCAAAGACAACUGCACUGCAAUUGUCAUUGUAUUCAAGCGCAAUUAAUCCCUGAGGCACCAUCUGGGGUACCAAAUAGAAAUAUGAUUUGUUUUCAGUUACUGCUUGCCAGAUGAAUGUAGGAUAUUUGUAUUGCCUAGCACUACUAACAAGUGAUGACACUGAACACAUAUCAAGGUUUUGUACUUUUGGUACUUAUGCAUGAUUGUAAUUGUAAUACAUGUUGAAGCAGUGGAUAAUUGUAAUAUAUGAUGAAGCAUUGGAAGUCAA